AUGUUGUCGCGCUCGCCUGUAAAUAAAAAAAACAAGUUAAGUUCGUUGCCGAACAAAUAUUUUAAAAGCGAAAUAAAAAAUGAAAAUAUUUCAUGUAAAAAGGAAAAAAGUGGUGAUAAAAAAUGGGAAGACACCAACUCCAUGUUUUGUAAAUCAGAAGAUAGAGAGAAAAAUAUUAUGUUAAAAAAUAUUAUAAUAUCAAAAAAUUCAAUUAAAAAUAAAAUAUGUACAAGCAAAAAUUAUAUAGUACAAAAAGAUAUGAACAGUAAAUUUGCAAGUUUAAAAAAGAACAAAAGAAAAAUUAAUUUACAUAAAACAUCUAUUUUAUCCAUGAAAUCAAAAAUAACAAAAAUUAGUUCUUUACUAAAAAGAAAUGAACAUAAAGUAAAUAGGAAAAGUGAUGAACAUAUAAAAAAUAAGAACCACCUUAGUCGUAAUAAAAUAGUUAACUCUUAUAAACUCUUAUACGACAUAGAAAGGAUGAGAAAAAAUAAAAAAGAUAUAAUGUUAAUAAAAAAUGAAAAUAAUUCAAAGGCAAAAAAAAAAAGUGUUUUAAUCAAGAGCAUCAUACAUAAACAUUAUAGUGAAGGUGCCAAGAUGGAGAGGAAAUAUAUAAAUGAUUGUAUUGAUAAUGAAUGUAGUGAUAAUCAUAAUAAUGAAUGUAGUGAUAAUCAUAAUAAUAAAUGUAGUGAUAAUCAUAAUAAUGAUAGUAGUGAUAAUCAUAAUAAUGAUAGUAGUAAUAAUCAUAAUAAUGAUAGUAGUAAUAAUCAUAAUAAUGAUAGUAGUAAUAAUCAUAAUAAUGAUAGUAGUAAUAAUCAUAAUAAUGAUAGUAGUAAUAAUCAUAAUAAUGAUAGUAGUAAUAAUCAUAAUAAUAAUAGUAGUAAUAAUCAUAAUAAUGAUAGUAGUAAUAAUCAUAAUAAUAAUAGUAGUAAUAAUCAUAACUAUGUAUACCAUUACCCUUUCAAAAGACACAUGUCAUAUAACUCUCUACCUUGUAAUAUCAAAGAACAAAAAAAAAACAAGGAAAAUGAAGAUCAACUCGAUUCACAUAAUAUACUAGAAUAUAACAUACACAAAAAAUAUAGUAGCCUUACCCAUAGUAAUGAGUCUUAUAAAAAUAACAUAAUGAUAAAAAAAUGUAACUCUCUCGUGUUACCCACGUUAAAUAAUAAAAAUGAAAUAUGUAAAAAUGAAAUCUGUAAAAAUGAAAUAUAUAAAAAUGAAAUAUAUAAAAAUGAUUUUUCCAAUGAUUUACACAAAUAUAACCAUUCAUAUAAUUCUCAUGAUAAACAUAUAAAGUUACACAAUUUAUUUGAUGAUAAUAAGUAUGCUUCUCCUAUAGAAGACAUUAAAAUAAUUAAGGAGAACAUUUCAAAUAAUUAUAUAACCUAUAAAAAAAAAAAAUUACAAAAAGGUUCUGAUGAUAUAUUUCACAAUGGAAAAGUGAAAAAUGAUACAAAUUAUAUGAUGGAUAUUAAUGAUUAUAGUAAAGAAUUUCAGAACAAUAUAGGAAAUGAAGUCGAUGUUACUAAUUUUUCUUUUAAUAUUGCUACUAUGGGGAAGGAAAAAUGUGUAAACAAAAACUUGGCAUACAUUACAAAUGACACAAACAAUAUGAAUAAUAUGGAAAAUAUGGAAAAUUAUGAUAAUACGGAAAAUGCACAAAAUAUACAGAAUAUACAAAAUAUACAAAAUAUACAGAAUAUACAAAAUAUACAAAAUAUACAAAAUAUACAGAAUAUACAAAAUAUACAGAAUAUACAAAAAAACAACCUUUAUUAUGAACAAACAAUAGAAGAAGAUAUGCUUGAUGAUUACGAACAUCCUGACGAUUUAGAAGAAUCCCUUUCUCAUUUAUCCGACUCUUUUAAUUUAGAAUAUUUACCAGCGAUUCCGGAGGACAUCAACUUGAUAAGUAGUAACGAUAAUUUCUUUAGUGUAUAUGGAAAAUCUAUAAGAUCCUCAUCUUUUUCAAAUAAUAUUCAUCAUAAGGAUAUAAAAAAUAUAGAGAAAGAUCAAAAUACAUAUCCAUACCUUGAGGAUAAUAUAAAGCAAUACCAUGAAGAACAUAUAUACGAAUCUCUAGGAAGUAAAGAUAGUCAAGACCUACAAAAAGGUAAGAACCUUCGUUCACAUAAACCUAAAUAUUAUGAUGAUGAAGAUGAUGAGGAUUUAAUAAUCAGUAUGUUUGAUAAUGAUCAGGAGGAUAAAAAUAAAAAAAAAGAUAAACAUUCUAAUGAUGAUACAGAAGAGAAAAUACAUGAACAUAAAAGAAACAUAGACAUUGUCCAAAAAAAAAUGAAUAGUAUUAAUAAAUUUGAAGGAGUAAAAGAGUUUGAUAAGGUAGUAAAUAAUAUGAAAAGGUAUUAUAGUAUAAAUCAUAAAACAAAUAAAAAAUGGAACCUAUCAGAAUAUUGCGAGAAUGAUGAAAAUAUGAGUAAGGAAAUAAAAAUGGAAGAAAUUAAUACAUACAAUAUGAAAAAUAUCAAAAAUAUGAAUAGUACAAACAAUAUAAACUAUUCGUAUGAUUAUUAUGAUUAUUAUGAUGGUGAAAAAAGUAAUGUCCUUUCAUAUAACGUUAAAGAAUCAUAUGCGCACAAGUCUCAAAAAUACGCAUCAGAUCUCGAAAAAAAGAAGCACACAAAAAAUAAUAUUAGAAGAGGCCUUUACUUAGCCUCUAAAAUUUUAAAGGAUAUACAUGAAGAAAAACAAAAAAAAAAGAAAAUAAAAAAAAAAGAAAAUUUACAUAAUUAUGUUGAUAAAAAUAAAUAUGAUAAUAAUUAUAUUCAUAACGAAACAUAUAAUGAUACAUAUUCAAAUACAAUUCCAGUAUUCUAUGGAAUUAAAAAAAGUAAAAAUAUCUUAUCUUCAUCUUACGAUGAUUUAUAUGUAAAUAUUAAUAAAAAAAAUAAUACUAGUAUAAAUAAAAAUAAUAAUAUUCUUUGUGAUAAUAAGUAUGAUCAUAGCGAUAUAAUGCCUAGUCAUAAAGGUAAAAAAUGUACAGAUAAUAAUUAUGUGGAUAAUGAAUUUUUGAACAUGUCAGGAAAAAAUAAUAUUCUUGAUUAUUCUUUGAAUUCUGGAAAAGGAUAUAAUUAUAAUUAUAAUUAUAAUUAUGAUGAUGAUGAUGAUGAUAGUUCAAUAAUACAUGUAGAUAGUAUGGAUGAUUUGAAAAUGUCUUAUGAAAGUAUAAGUUUGUUAAAUAAUUUUAGUUAUACGUUAGAUAAUUCAAAAGAUAUAGAUUUAAACAAUGUUCAUAAUAUAUAUACAAGAAUAAAUAAGAAAAAUGAUUAUAAUGUAAAUGUAGAGGAGGGGAAAAUAAAUAUCUCUUUAAAUGAAGAGAAGGAAAAAAGGAAUGAGCAGGAUUAUAAAUUUUUGGAAGAAAAAAAAGACAAUACUAUUAUUUUUGAUGAAAAUAAUGAUACAAUAAAUGGUGUUCAUGUUAAUAAUGAUGAUAAUAAUAAUGAUACAAUAAAUAGUGUUCAUGUUAAUAAUGAUGAUAAUAAUAAUGAUACAAUAAAUAGUGUUCAUGUUAAUAAUGAUGAUAAUAAUAAUGAUACAAUAAAUGGUGUUCAUGUUAAUAAUUAUGAUAAUAAUAAUGAUACAAUAAAUAGUGUUCAUGUUAAUAAUGAUGAUCAUAAACAUACCCAAAGUAAUAACAUUCAAAAUUUUUCAUCGCAGGAAAAUACUUAUAAAAAUACAGAUAAUAUAAAAACACCAUGUAACUAUGAUAAAUGCUCGAAUGAAAUUAUACAAAAGGAUAACGACUUUAAUAUUAAAUAUUUAUAUUCUUCAUCGUCUAUAUAUAGUAAUACAUCAGAAUGUAAUACCAAAAAUUAUAUGAAGGGAAAAAACAAAAUUCAUCUUUUGAAUAAACACAUUAAUGACGAUUAUUAUGUAGACUAUUUCUCAAAUGAACUUGAUAAAAUUAUUAAAAAAAAGAAUAGUAUAAAAGAAAAGAAGAAGGAUAUGAAGACGAACAAUAUAAACAAUAAUAACAACAAUAAUGAAGAUAAAAAUAAAAGAAGAAAUAAAAAUAAAAAUAAAAAAAUAUAUAUAAACUUUUCAGACGGAGAUAUACAAAUAAAUAAUAAAAAAAAAAGUAAUAGUAAUGAAAAAUGUAAAAUAAAUAAAGAAAAUUAUAUAUGUGAUGAAACAAAAAAUUUCACAAAUAUUAUAAUUCCUAAAUAUGAAAUAAUGCACAAAAAUAAUUAUUCAAAAAAAAGUUUUAAUAAUAUAAAACAUAAUCAAAAUGGCGAGAUCGAUGAAACAAACACUAUAAAAGACGAGAUUAAAGAUAAAUCUAAACAUGAAGAGGAAGAAUAUGAGAUACUGCACAAGGUGGAUAAUAAAAAAAAUGAUGAUCAACAAGAUGAUCAUCAUAAUGAUGAUAAUAAUAAUAAAAAUGAUGAUCAACAAGAUGAUCGUCAUAAUGAUGAUAAUAAUAAUAAUAAACAAAAUGAUGAUCAUCCUGAUAAUCAUCAUAAUGAUGAUAAUAAUAAUAAUAAACAAAAUGAUGAUCAUCCUGUUAAUCAUCAUAAUGUUAAUUUAUCAAACGAUCCCACACAAAGAAAAGAAAUUUAUUAUGAUUAUUUACAUGAAACAGGAAAUAAGAACAUAAUAAAAAAUCGUAUGAGUAAUUCAAUGAAUAAUAUGUACGAUUUAAAACAUAAAAAUUAUUACAAUGAUCAAAAUAUUUUAUAUAAUGAUUUGUUAGAAGAUGUAAGACAUGUGUCCUUUGAAAAUGUUUAUUUGAAAAAUAAAGAAAAAAAUUUAUGUAAAGUAAAAAAAAAAAAAAAAAAAGAAAAUGAGAAAAUUCUAAAGAAAGACAAAGAUACAAAUUUAGAUUAUAAUAAUAAUAAUAAUAAUAAUAAUAAUUUAUUAAAAAAUAAAAGUUCUGAACAAAAUAUUAAUAUUACUCCAAAUUCAUCAACGAAAGAAUUUAAACUUACAUAUGAACAUGUAGAAAAUGAAAACGAAAUUUGUAUAUCUAAUAGUAAUUCUACAUUAUGUGAAGAUAUGAAUAAACAAAAUAAAUUAUCUUUGGAUAAUUGUGUUAAAAAAGAAGGAACUAAAAUAGAACAGCUCUUGCAAAAUAUUUUAUGUACACUAAAAAAUAACGAAAGAGAUAAUAAUAAUAAAAUAUAUAAUAAUAAUAAUAAUAAUGAAGAUGAUCAUAAUAUUCCUUGUGACCAUAAUAAUAUUUCUGAUAAUGUUGUCUUGUCGAAUGUUCAUAUGGGAAAUAAUCAAGACAUUAACGAAAACGUGUAUAAUAUAAAACCCCAAGAAUUUAAAGAAGAAGAAGAAGAUAUCUCCAUGGUGAAUACAAAAAAAUGUGACGAUAUUCAAGAAAAUAUAAAAAACGAUGAAACAUUUAUUGAAGAUGAGAUGUCUAAUAAGUUUACUACUUUACAGUAUAUAAGUCGUUCUAUAAAGGUUUUAAAAGAAGAAAGAGAUAAUAUACAAAACAAAUACGAUAUAUUAAAACAACAAAAUGGUGUUAUACAAAACAAAUACGAUAUUUUAAAAGAACAAAAUGGUGUUAUACAAAACAAAUUCGAUAUUUUAAAAGACGAAAAAGAUAAGAUACAAAAACAAAAUGACAUAUUAACAAAUAAAUGUAACGAACUACAAAAUCAAUGUUGUAAUAACCUAACGGGUCUUCAAAAUGUAACAAAGAAAUAUGAUGAUCUACAAAAUAAAUACAAUAUAUUAAACAAACUAAAGAACUCAUUAGAAGAGAAAAAUGAAGAAUUAAAAAAAUAUCAUGAACACGUCAUACAAGAAAGAGAUCAACUUAUAAAAGAAAAAGAAAGUGAUAAACAAGAAAUAGAAUAUUUAAAAAAUAAUGUAGAUGUGCUAAAAAUAGAUAAAUCAAAUUAUAUGAUUGAAAAAAAUGAUAAUAUUGAUAAAAUAAAAAAAUUAGAAGAGGAAAAAAAAAAGUUAGAAGUAGACAUAAAUAACACAAACGAUAUUCUAAUAUAUAAGGAGGAAAAUAUAUUAUAUGAAAAAAAUAAAAGACAUGAAGAAAGAAAAGAAAAGGAAACAUUAAAAAACGAAUUAGAUAUAAUUAAAAAAGAAUAUAAUGAACUAUUAAAUAAAUAUGAUGAGAAUAUAAUAAAUGAAGAAAGAAAAGAAAAGGAAAUUUUGAAAAACGAAUUAGAUAUAAUUAAAAAAGAAUAUAAUGAACUAUUAAAUAAAUAUGAUGAGAAUAUAAUAAACGAAGAAAGAAAAGAAAAGGAAAUUUUGAAAAACGAAUUAGAUAUAAUUAAAAAAGAAUAUGAUGAACUAUUAAAUAAAUAUGAUGAUAAUAUAAUAAAUGAAGAAAGAAAAGAAAAGGAAACAUUGAAAAACGAAUUAGAUAUAAUUAAAAAAGAAUAUAAUGAACUAUUAAAUAAAUAUGAUGAGAAUGUAAUAAAUGAAGAAAUAAAUAAUAUGAAAAAUAUUCUUAUUAAAAAAGAAGAGGAGAUGAAAGAAAUUAAAGAAAAUAAAAUUUUAUUAAAAAAGGAUAUAGAUAUGUAUGUAAAUAAUAUACAUAUUUUAGAAAUUGAAAUGAAGAAAAUAAAAGAAGAAAAUAAUUUAUUAAAAUCAAAGAAUCUGGAAUUAUUAGAAAAAGAAGAUAUAAAUAAGUCAUCUAUAUUUAUGAAUCAUAAUAAAGACAUCGAAAUGAAAAAGAACAAAAAUAGUACACAAGGAUAUUAUAAUGAUAAUAUGAAUGAAUAUUUAUAUUUAAAUGUUGAUAAAAAUAUAUUAAAAAAUGUUUUUGAUCAUCAUGAUAAAAAUUCAAACACGUUUAAUGAUAGCUGGAAUAUAUUUAUAGAAGAGAAAAAUGAUAGGUUCAUAAGCAUACAAGAAAAUGAUCAUACGAAUAAAAAGAAUUAUAACAAAAAAAAUAAUAUUACGAAUACUUAUAAUGAUCAUAAUAAUAAAGAUGAAUUUAAAAAUGAUUUAAACUGUAAUUUUUUAUGGAGACAUUAUGAAAAAAUAUUACAAGAUAUAAAUCAUUUAAGUAUUGAUAAAUUAAAAAUACAAUAUAAAGAUUUGUUAAAAGAAUAUAUAUUUUUAGAACUUUUAGUUAUAGAGUAUGAGAAAAACAAUGUAGCAUUACAUGAAACUAAUAAAGAAGGAAAUAAACAAAUAAAAGAAAUGGCUCAUUAUAAAAAUUUGUGUAUAGAAUUAGAAAGAUCAAACCAAGAGUUAUAUGAUAAGUUAAAUGAAAUAAAUAAUGUUUUACAUAUUCGAGAUCAUAAUAAAGAAGAUAAUGAUAAUAAAAAUAAGAUAUGUAAUCGAAAAGGUUCAUCUAUAUAUAUAGAAAUAUUAAACAAAACAUAUAAUAUAACCAAAAAUAUUGAUAUUAUAAAUGAAGAAAUAUUUAAUAUGAAAGAACAAAAAAAUGAUAACAAUAUAAAAAUUUCGAAUAUUUUAAUAUAUUUAAAUAUUAUAUCUACAGAUAUUAUGUUUAUACAUACAAAUAUUUCCUAUAUAAAUGAAUAUAUAACGAAAAGUACUAUAUAUCUCGAUAUUCAUCAUUUAAAAAAUACUCUUCUUUAUAAGGUCUCUACAAAGGAUAAUAUAAAUGUGCAUACAUCAUCAACAUUAUGUAAGGACACUAAUGAAUUUAAAAAAUAUAAUAAUCAAAUAAAUAAAACUAAUACUAAUAUAAUUGUGGAUGAUCAACAAAUAUUUAAGGAGCAAGAAUUUAUUAAUAUGAAAAAUGAAAAUGGAAACGUAAAGAAUAUUGAAAGUUAUGUAAAUGGUGAUGAUAUAUAUAAUGAUAAUAUAAAUAAUGAUAAUAUAAAUAAUGAUAAUAUAAAUAAUGAUGAUAUAUAUAAUGAUAAUAUAAAUAAUGAUAAUAUAAAUAAUGAUAAUAUAUAUAAUGAUAAUAUAAAUAAUGAUAAUAUAUAUAAUGAUAAUAUAAAUAAUGAUAAUAUAUAUAAUGAUAAUAUAUAUAAUGAUAAUAUAAAUAAUGAUAAUAUAAAUAAUGAUAAUAUAAAUAACCAUGGUGAGGAAUACCAUCACAGUGGCGAUAUUAUAAAUAAAAAUAUACUAUUUACAGAUAUGAAAAUAAAAAACAAAACAGAUAAUGUAACAAACAAUAUUAUAAACAAACAAUAUGAUGAACAUAUAGAAGAUGUAUUAACCUUUUUUGAAGUAUCCUUUUGUAGUGAUCUUUUCUUAAUAUUAUGUCAUAUGUGCAAAAGUAUUAAUGAAGUUAAUUGUUCUUUAAGGAAAAAUGAUAUAAAUUCCUGCACCGAUAGUUUAUUAUAUAUUAAGCAUGUAUUACAUGAUAUAAAUAAUUUUUAUAAUAAUGAAGAGAAUACAUCCUUUUUAAAUGUUUACGUUCAUUUAUUUGAUAUUUUUAAAAAGUCAGUAGAUAAAAUGUUGAAUAUUAUACAAGCACAAAAAGAUUUAGAUAAAAUAUAUAAAAUGUUUGUAGAAAUUUAUUAUAUGAAAAAAAUUAUACGAUUUAUAAUAUUUUCCUUUUUUAAAUUUCACGACAUAUAUUCCGUAUUUAAUGUUAACACGUUCGAUGGGGUAUCCUAUUGUGCAAUACCUACUAUGUCUAAGGAUGAUGAAAAGAAGGUACAAAAUAAUAAUGAAGACAAGGAUGUAGACAUAGUAAAAAACAUACACACGGAUGAUAAUAAACAUAUAAAUAAUAAUAAACGUGUGACCUAUUCUCAUACAUCACAUAUAUGUAGUGUAAUAAAUAAAUAUUAUGACAGCUACUGGGAUGAAUAUUAUACAAGUAAUGAAAGAGAAAGAAGUGUAUCUAAUUAUAAGGAUAAAAAAAAGAAAAAAGAAAAAUAUAAUGAUAUAAACAAAAAGGACGAAAGGGACAUAAAGGAAAACGAUAGAGAGAUGUUAUACAGUCUCAUGGUGAAAAUAUUAGAAUAUAAUUAUAAUGCACAUAUGAUACCCAAUAUUAUCUGUACAUAUGAAGAUAAGAAAACAAUAUUAAAUAAUGAUAAUAAAAUGUGGUUAUUUGAUGAAAAAAGAAAUUACGCUAAAUAUGUUUUAAAAAUAAUUUAUGAACAUAUGAAAUUGGGUAAUUUUCUUAUAAAUAGUAAUGAAUUUUUAAAUACAUUUGAAGAAAAAAGUUUAAAGAAUUAUUUGUAUAAGAAUAUAUUUUUUAAAAAAAAUUAUAAUAUAAAUAUUGAUAUAAUACAUCAACAUUUAAGUAUGUUAUUUAAACAAAAUAUAGGUAUAAAUUAUGAAUAUUACUAUGAACAAUUUUUAUUCAUAUUAAAUAAAAUAAUAUUAAAUAUAUCAUCAAAUAAUAAUAUUCAUUACUUAAAUACAACCACUUGUGAAAAUAUUUUCUUCUUUGACAAUUUAAAUAUAGAGGAAAAUUAUAUAAAUAAAUGUGUGCAUACAUCACCAUUAAUAGAUUUACAGCAUAGCAAUAAAAAUAAAAGUAAUAAUAAUAUAAAUAGUAAUAAUAUUAUAAAUAGUCAUAAUAAUAUAAAUAGUCAUAAUAAUAUAAAUAGUCAUAAUAAUAUAAAUAGUCAUAAUAAUAUAAAGAGUCAUAAUAAUAUAAAUAGUUAUAAUAAUAUAAAUAGUUAUAAUAAUAUAAAUAGUUAUAAUAAUAAUAUUACAGAACUCAGAUCCUUAUCAUAUAAUACAUCCACAUCGAAUACUAAUUUUACAACUUUUAAAAAUAAUAAUCCUUUUAAUCAUAAUAUAAACUAUAUAAUAAAUUAUCCCUUGUUAGAUAUAGAUAAUAAAUAUAUGAGUGUAUUAUUUCAUAUGUGGCAAAAAAUGGAAUUAAAUUUUUUCUUUAAAAAAUAUUAUCAAAAUAAUAAAUAUAAAGAAAUAAAAGAAAAAAACAAAUUAUCCAAAUCAUGUAAUUAUAAUAUAAAUAACAAACGGUUGACAAAAAAUAUGUGGAGUACCAUGAAUAUUAAAGAUUGUACAACAAAAAAGAAAAUGUGUCCCCUUGAUCAUAUCGAUUCAGAAAAUGAAAAAUAUAAUAUGGACAAAGAUAUAGAUAAUAACCAGAAGGUUUUACAUAAUAAUAAUAAUAAUAUAAACAACUCAUAUAAUAAUAUUAAUAAUAAAGAUGUUAAUAAUAAUCUUAGUUUUGAUAAUAAAUUACAUGAAGAGAAAAAUGCAGAAAACAAAAAGAGUUCAAAAUACUUAAACAAAUUUUCUUCUUUAAAUAAAAUGAAUACACUUUUUUAUGAAAGUGAUCAUAAUUCUUAUGAUUAUUCAAUCGAUACAUACUUAAAACUUAUGGUUUUCGAUAUAUUUAAAUGUAAUAAUGAAAAAAAAGAAAUAGGAAUUGAUGAUUUUAUUUUUGUUUUUAAACAAUUACAUAUAAAUAUUAAAAAACAUGUCAUAAAUAAAAUAUGGAGUAUACUAACGGGAAAACAAAAUCUAAACACCGCAUUAAAACAUAAAAUCACAAUCUCCACAUUUAUUAAAAAAGCAUACACAACAAAUCCAUCACUUAUUUUUUAUGAAUACUGUAAAACAAAAGUACAAUUAAAAGAAGCCAACAAAAAUAUUAAGCUCUUACAAAAGUAUAACAAAAAAAUGUUACUCCUCGUAACAAAUUGA